AUGAAAAUUUUAAAAAUAGAUAAACAGAACUGGAUUGCUCAUCUUCUAGGGCUACUACCCUAUAGUGUGGCACAGCACAUCGCAAGAGAACCUGAACAGAAAGCAUAUAACUUUGAUCAUAUUAGAUCCAUGUUACUUCAAAGGUUUAAUUUAAGCGCUGAGAGGAUGCGACAACUCUUUGUAACUCACAAGAAAAAAUCUGAAAGCACAUGGAAAGACUUCCAUUUUGAACUGCGUAGCUAUUUUGAAGCAUGGCUAGUAGAUUUGAGCAUAACGAAAAUUGAAGAAUUAAAAGAUCUAAUGAUCCUGGAUCAAAUGAAGAAACGAGUUCUUCCCGAAGUCAAGAACCAUUUUAUUGAUGUAUGGUGUGAAUGUGUUACCCCAAAUGAUCUAGUGGAGAAAUUGGACAGUUAUGACAAUUUACUCUCUGGUCUGCCGUUGAUUCCCAGUCAAAGUAAGCGGAAUCCCGGAGUCCCCAGUCAAAGUCGGCAGGAUCACAGCUACAAAGACAGACCCCCUCUAGCAUGCUAUGGUUGUGGAGCGCCAGCAGUUGUAAAGGCAAAAUGUGCUGAAUGUGAUCCUACGGUUCAAGGAGACAGUACACAACCUCCAACCCUUCAUCGCAUGAACUUUCAUAGUAUCUCAAUGGAAAGCCAGCCAUCAAACAUUAUUGAAAUUACGAUUUGUGGUUCCCAAGCAGCAGUGUGUGCCGACACUGGAGAUACACAUUCGGUUGCCCGAGAAAAAAUUUACCAUUUCCUCAAGAAUAAUGGACGAAGAUUCGAAAAUAGUACUGUUGACAUGGCCUUAGCCGACGGGCAUGUACAAAAAACAGAUAUAUUCACAACGACGGUAGAUAUUGGUGUGGCAGGAAAAGUUAUCCCCACGAAACUUAUAAUCUUGAAGAAUUCCAAAGGGAACCGAACUCUUCUCGGUACAGACUUUCUGAGAGCUACAAGUAUCGUCCUGGAUCUUCAGAAAGGAGAUCCUAGAUUUGAGAAAUAA